AUGUGCUACGAAUGGACCAAGGUCUGGCAGUGCGAUCACGGGCCCUCCCCGCAGGAGGCACCGCAACUUCAACUCUGCACCGUUGGCAGGCUCAACCUCAUUGAGAUGGAACGGCAGAACCCGGGCGUCUGCGCCGGACUCACGCAGGCGCAGAUCAAAGAGGUCCAGAUGCGCGGGGCGUGUGCCUACAUCGAGGACGUCCGCAUCCUGCAGGCGGGCUACUGCGCCCGCUGCCGCGAAGAGCAAGCAAGGGACCCGGCCGCUUUCACGCGGGAGCUGAUCUGGGCGGACGAGGCGCCGGGCACGCCGAUGUGA